GAAAUAACAAGUAAAAUUGACUCUCGUAUUUUUGCAUUUAUUUUUACCAUAACUAUAUAAUUCAAAUAGCCUAUUUUUUCCUCUUUUCUUUAUUCCUCUUCUUCAUCUUGUUUGUUCUGUUGACCAAACCAAAUCCCCUCAAACAAACACCUUAUGCUUUCUCACACCCCCAAGCCAAAACAUUUCAUUUCUACUGCAGAUUUUUCUGCUGAAGAACUCCUUGAAUUUGUCAAUCGUGCUAUUCAGCUUAAGGUGGAAGCCAAAUACAAUCAUCCACAUGCGCGAACAGACCGUCCCUUGACCGGAAAUACGCUUGCACUCUUGUUCUCAAAGAGAUCAACUCGUACCCGCGUAGCAACAGAGACAGCCAUGGCAUACCUAGGUGGGCAUGCCAUGUUUCUUGGAGGCCAGGAUAUCCAGCUGGGUGUCAAUGAAUCUCUUUUGGAUACAUCUCGGGUUAUUAGCUCUAUGGUCAAUGGAAUCAUGGCCCGUGUCAAUGGACACGAAGAAAUUGAGCUUUUAGCAAAAGAGUCUACUGUUCCGGUCAUCAAUGCUCUAUCUUCAAAGUACCAUCCUACACAAAUCCUUGCUGAUCUUAUGACCAUGCAUGAGCACUUCCACAACCAUCGCAACAGUAACAAUGGUAAUGCAAAGGGCCAGUACAGUGCACACACUCAACACCCCAGCGAAACUCUUCCUGGUCUACGUGUUGCAUGGGUUGGUGAUGCAAACAAUAUACUGCAGGAAAUGUUGGUUUCAUUUCCCAAGCUUGGCAUCAGUAUCGCUGCAGCAUGUCCUCCAAACUAUGUAUGUGACAAGGAUGUGGUCGAGAUAGCAAAAGCCGAUGCAAAAAAGACUGGAGCCACGGUCUUCUUUACAACAAGCCCUGAAGAAGCCAUCAAGGAUGCUGAUGUGCUUGUAACUGACACAUGGGUAAGUAUGGGCCAGGAAGACGAAAAGGCUAUUCGCUUAAAAGAGUUUGCUGGUUAUCAAGUGACAAUGGACCUUGCUAAGCGAGGAAAAGCCAAGCCUGAUUGGGUGUUUAUGCAUUGUCUCCCAAGAAAACAAGAAGAGGUUGAUGAUGAAGUUUUUUACUCUGAUCGUUCACUUGUUUUUCCUGAAGCUGAGAACCGAAAAUGGACUAUUCUAUCAGUAAUCGAGACUUUGAUGGUGAAAAAGUAG